AUGGACCAGCGAGUUGCGGCCUUCGUGCAUUACUACGCCCGUGAGGGGCAAGUGAAUCACGUUCAGACCGUAUGCAACGAAGUCCUGAAGCGACGCGCCAGCCCGGUGCUGCAGCUGUGGCGCGCAUAUGGCCUUUUGGAGGGCGGCGCAACUGCGGAGGCCAUGCGGGAGCUGUCGGAGCUGCAGCUGGACCCCGUCGCCGGCGCCGCGGCAACGGCGGCGCUGCUGCAUGCGCACGAGGCUUCCAAGCAUCCGGACCACGCCACGGCGGAGGCGCUGCGGGCGCAGCUGGACACUGAAGAGCAAACGGUGGAAGGCGAGGCGGCCCUCCAGCUGGCCGCUCUGCUGUCCCACACCCACAGCUUCGAGCGUGCCCGCGGCAUCCUCGAGCGAUGCCUCUUGGACUCCCAGCUGCAGCAGACGCAGGCCGCCCCCGGGCCGCUGCUGCGGCAGCGGGCGCUGCUGGGGUGGGUCGUGCUGGGGCAGCAGCUGGCGGAGGCUGUCGCGGACCGGGACUCAGCAGAGGUUGCAGCGGCGGGCGGCAUGUUUGAGGCAGUUCUGGCCGGCGACCCUGGAGAUCUUGAGGCACUGCUGGGCAAGGCGCGCGUCUUAGAGGCGCAGGCGCAGCUGCAGGCGGCCGCAGACCAGGCGGGGGAGCUGGCGGUCAGGUAUCCCUGGUUUGUGCCCGGCCUCAUAGAGCGCUGCCGGUUGCUGCUCGCAGCCGGCGACUGGGAGGGCGCGUCAGGCGCGGCCGGGGCACUGCUGGCGGCGGACGGCAGCAACGUGCUAGGCCUGGCGGUGACGGCCUUGCACGCCCUGGUGCGCGAGGGCAACGCGCGCGCCGCGGCGCGCCACCUGGAGGAUCUCGCCGCCGCGGCUGCCAAGGAGGAGCCGCGCAACGCGCGCGUGGCGUUCGGCCUGGCGGGCACGUUUGCGCGCCUGGUGGCGCCCGACGCGGGGAUGCUGGCGACCACGCUGGGGAUGGCGCAGCGCGCGGCUGAGCUGGCCCCGAACGACGCGGAUUACAUCGCUGAGCUCGGCCACCAGAAGCUGCUGCUUGAGCAGCUGCCUGCCGCCGCUUUCCACUUUGAGGCGGCGCAGCACCUGGACCCGCUCUGCGCGCCCGCCGCGGUGGGGCUGGCCGAGUGCCUGGUGGCGCAGGGGAAGCUGGAGGAAGCUGAGCAGCAGCUGCAGCUCCUCCCAGACGUCCUGGCAGCUGCCCGCCCCGGCGCUGCCGGUCCCAGCAAUACUAGGGACGACCUUGGGCAAACAGUGGCACUGCCCACCCGCGCGCUCGUCCCCUCGCCGCCCCUGUCCCCCGGCGCCGGCGGCGGCGCUGGCACUGGCGGCGCGGCGGGCGGCGGCGAUGGCGGGAGGAGGGAAGACAAGGUGGCAGAUAUUGCGUACCUGCGGGGCCGCCUGGCGUGGGCCAAGGGGGCGAGGGGCGAGGCGAUGGCGCUGCUAGAGCGGUCGGUGCAGCUGCAGCUGGCGGAAGCCGAGGAGGCGCCGCUGGGGCUGGAGCAGUUUGCCGCGCUAGACGCGGCGCGCGCGCUGGGGGUGGUGCGGCUGAUGCUGGGCGCGCAGGGGGCGGACCCGCGGCAGAGCGGGGAGGCGCCUUCGCCGGCUGUUGGUAAAAGCAUCAGGAUACUGGAGACCCUGGGGCGCUACACCGGGCAGCUGCCCGAGGCGCAGCUGCUGUACGCGCGCGCCCUCUACCUCAACGGCAGCCUUGAGGCGGCUGCACGAAAGGUGGCGGACGUGCUGCGCGGCAGCCCAGAGGAGGCGGCGCCCCACCUGCUGGCCGUAUCCAUCUACGUGCGCCAGGGCCGCGCAGCAGAGGCGAUGAGCACGCUCGAGUCGGCUGUGGCGGUCAACUUUGGAAUCAGGGAGGCGCCCCUCUACCACAUUGUGCACGCGCAGGCGCGUUUCAUGCGGUUAGAGGUGCUCAUGGCCAAUGAGCGACUAGAGGAGGCAAAAAAGGUUCUGGAGUCAGCCAUGGCUGCGCCUGGCAUCAGGUCGGCCCUGAGCAUGGACCAGCGGGAGCGGCUGUCGAAGCGGGGCCUCCAGCCGAGCAGCCACGAGCGCGCCAGCGUCUUCCUGCUGCUGGCGGAGGUGCACCAGAAAUUGUGGGCGCAGCGGCAGCAGCGGGAGCAGCAGCAGCAGCUGCACAAGGAGGCGGAGGCAGUGGCGGCGGGACCCGGCCAGAAACAGGGGGGCGUCGUUGGAAAGAAGCAAGAGGCAUCGCCACCGGUGACGUCAGCGGCCAUGCAGCAGCCCCGGCUGGAGUUCCAGGCCGGCGGGGCCAAGACGGCAGCAGGAGAGUGCCCAGAAGCCAGAAAGCUGCUGUCCGAGGCGGUCAAAGUAUUCGCAGGGACAAGCGAGGAGGUGCGUGUCACCUUGGCAGACUGUGAAAUGGCUAUUGCCCGCGGCGAUGUGAAGGGAGUGCUGCAGCGCCUGCAGUCCAUACCUGCGUCUUCGCCGCACUACGCGCGAGCCAGAAUGGCGCAGGCGGGCGUGCAGCUGAAGCACAGGCGGGACAGGGCCGCCUACAUCGCCUGCUAUCUGGACCUCGUGGACAAAUCCCCUGACUAUGACGGCUACUGCAUGCUGGGAGAUGCAUUCCUGGCCAUCCAGGAGCCCGGAAAAGCCGUGCGCGCGUUUGAAUCUGCCCUGGAGCUGUCGCCCAAGGACGCCCAGCUGGCGCUCAGGAUCGGCGCCGCGCUCGUGACGGCGCACGACUACGGCCGGGCGGUCGAUUACUACAACCGUGCCGUCAGGAAUGACCCCUCAAAGGUGUCCUCCCAGCAUGCCCUGGCCGCGCUGCUGAUCCGCCUGCGGCAGCUGCCGCAGGCGCGGGCGGUGCUUGACCGCUGCAUGGAGCGCCUGCACCCCAGCGACGGCUCGGCCGGGGCCGGGCGGGGCACCACGGAGGCGCUCGCGUUGGAAGCCGAGACGCUGCUCCUCCUCGCGCGGCUGCACGCAGCCGCCCACGAGUCAGCGGAGUAUGAGUCAUGCCAGCGCCGCGCCAUCGACGCGCAGCGCCUGCUGCUGGACCGCCUCAGGGCGGAGUGCGGCGGGGGAGGAGGAGGCGGCGGCGGCGGCGCGGGGGACGCCGCGGUGGCGGCGGCGCGGGGGCGGCUUGUUGAGCUGUGGGCGGCGCUGGCGGAGCACCACGCCAGGGCGCGACACCUCGAGAAGGCCCGAGAGGCCCACCAGGAGGUCCUGGCCGUCAGCCCGGCCCACAGCCCCAGCCUGCUGGCGCUCGCCAGGAUCGCGCUCGCCCUGGGGGACGUGGACGGCUGCCAGGCCCAGUGUGUGGCUCUGCUGCGGUCUGACCCCGACAAUGAGGACGCGGCCUCCAUGCUGGCUGAGAUCAUGUUCCACCAGGUGGGGCUUAGGUGA